CGUAUUGCCCCCGUCUCUCCAUACACCUCUUUUUAUGUCACGUCAUAGCAAUGCCUAGUUAUCGGAAAUUAAAGUCUUGACAGUUAAAAUUUAGAUUUUCGCUGUGGUUUAAAGCGUGUCUCCUUUAGCCUACUUUAAUCAGGGAUCUGGCGAAUCUUGAAUCUGUCCUUCUUAGAUGAGUAUGACCUUGUCUUUUUCCGUAUAGCCUUAGCAAGUGAGAUACCAACUGAAAAAAAAUGCGGUAAAGACGACUUAAAACGGCCUCGCUUGCCUAAAAUAGAUUUGUUGUUACAUAUGCGAUAUAUUUCGUUAUUUUUUAAAUCCAGGCGUUCGUCGUGUGAUUGCGGUAGCGCAUGUCAGGCUACAGCACUAUAACAGCCGUAGAUGACCGGAGAAAGUGAAUAGGGGAACCCUAGCGAGAUACGGAUAGCAGGUACUGUGCGCUGCUCACUUCGUUGAGAUGUUCACACAAGACGGUGGUGAGACAUUUGGGACGUUAUUAGAGAUUUCGCAUCAUGGUUAAUAAUUCGGUUUCUCUUGCAUGACACAUGCCUGGCAAUUUCAUGUUUAGAAUGCUGGACCAGGACCAAACGACAGUCUCGCAUGACUAAGAAGAGAAACCUUGUAAUUGCUGAUGAGGUGUUAUUUAAAUAUCGUGUGAAGGCGAUGCAAUUGCGAACGCUACUCAGAGUAAACGCACAAGACUGCCCUAUUUAGUUUUCAAAAAACAUUGGACACCGACUUCGCUGAAAAAAAUGGCAUACUACGAUCCUUCGGGCAGGGAUUUACUAGGAAACAGAUCAAUUUGUUUUAUGUUCAUCUGUGCUUUUGGACUGGUCACUGUUUUACAGCAGAUUCUUUAUGGGAAAAACUACUUGAAAAGGUACCUUGAGCAGUAUGAAGGUCCUUACGAGUUCAACUGCAGCACAUGCAAGAAGCUGAGGCAGAAUAUUGUGGGAGUGCGGGUCCUCUCCAUGGUGAAGACUGCAGACCUGUUUGAAAGAUGGAAGAGCCUGCAAGUCUGCAAAUGGGAGCAGAACAAGGCAGAGACCAAUGCCUUCAAGAGUUUGUUGUCCCGCUGCUGCAAUGCCCCCUCCUUCCUCUUCACCACCAAGAGGAACACGCCCUCGGGGACCAAGCUGAAGUACGAGGUGGACAGCAGUGGGACCCUGCCCAUCAGCUCCGAGAUUUUCAGGAUGUUCCCAGACGAUAUGCCUUACACCAGGUCCCAGUUCAGGAAGUGUGCAGUGGUUGGCAAUGGGGGAAUCAUCAAGAACAGCAAAUGUGGGAAGGAGAUUGACUCUGCAGACUUUGUGUUUAGGUGUAACAUUCCUCCCAUCUCUGAAAAUUAUGCCGUAGAUGUUGGGCACAAGACGAAUAUUGUGACAAUAAAUCCAAGUAUUAUCACUGAAAGGUUCCAGAAGCUUGAGAAGUGGAGGAAGCCCUUCUUCAAGGCGCUUCAGAACUAUGCGAACAGCUCCGUGGUGCUGCCAGCCUUCUACAGCACGCACAACACCGACGUCUCCUUCCGAGUCAAGUACACGCUGGACGACUUUGACUCGCCCAAAGCCGUGUACUUCUUCAACCCGCAGUACCUGCUGAACGUGCAGCGCUUCUGGUCUCUCCAGGGCGUGCGGGCCAAGCGGCUCACCAGCGGCCUCAUGCUCGCCACGGCCGCCAUAGAGCUGUGCGAGGAGGUGCACCUCUACGGCUUCUGGGCCUUUCCCAUGAACCCCUCAGGCAUCUUCGUCAUGCACCACUACUAUGACAACAUCAAGCCCCGCCCAGGAUUCCACGCCAUGCCCAAUGAGAUCUUCAGCUUCCUGCACCUGCACAGCAGGGGUAUCCUCAGAGUGCACACUGACCCCUGCAGGUGAUGCCUGUCUGCAUCCUGCAGAAUUUCCACCUCAUCUGAGCUCAAUCAUUUCCAAUGAUUUAUUUUUAAGACUCCAGGGCAGCUAUCAGUAGAAGCUGUUCUAUUGUCAAAUGUAAAGCAAUACUCUGGUGUUUCUGCUUUCAUUUAUUGAUCCGUGAGUUGCUAUGUUCACGUCAAUAUAGGUUGGCAGUACUUUAUGCAUUUCCUGUACAAGGAGCAAUAAAACA